AUGCGUCUUCCGUCUAUUUCCUCACUCCUCUGCCUUGCCGGCCUGGUCGCUGGGCCCGUAGCUGCCUACGAUGACGCGAACAUCAAAAGCAUUCCUCUCCGCACCCACAGCCUUUCUCCGCCAUACCUCGAUUCGGAUUUCCAAAGCCGCUGGUUCGACUUCGGAGGAGAUACAGUUAUUCGCGCCGACAAGUAUAUCCGCCUCACGGCCGACCGACCCUCGCAACAAGGAUGGAUUGCCUCGCGCGUGCCCCUCACCGCGACCAAUUGGCAGAUCGAACUCGAGUUCGAAAUUCAUGGCUCCGGCAACUUGCAUGGUGAUGGCUUCGCGCUCUGGCUCACCAAGGAACGCGCGACGCAAGGUCCUGUCUUCGGUUCAACGGACAAAUUCGAAGGUCUCGGUAUCUUCUUUGACACCUACAAGAACAACCGCCCCGGCGUGUCGUUCCCUUACGUCAUGGCCAUGAUGGGUGACGGCCAGACCACCUAUGACCAGGCGCACGACGGCAAGGCCAACGAAUUGGCCGGUUGCUCUGCUCGUGGUCUCCGCAGCGCCCCAAUCCCCACCAAGGCCCGCCUUACCUACUUCCAGGACAAGUCCUUGUCUCUGGAGCUCCAGUACAAGACCGAAGACACCUGGACGGAAUGCUUCACCCUCAACGCCGAGGAUUCAAACAUCGCCAUUCCCUCUGUGGCCUACCUCGGUCUCUCCGCUGAGACCGGUGAGCUCAGUGACAACCAUGACAUUAUCUCCCUCAAGGCUGAAAACCUGUACUCCCUGAACCGCGGCAACAACGGCGGGAAGGGCUCCUCGGACGGCCGUUCUAAGGGUCGUCCUACUUCGCCCAGGCCCGCCAAGGAAGGUGGUAGCUGGACUUGGUUCUUCUUCAAGACCAUUUUGUUCUUUGGUGCCGUUGUUGGUGCUUACUUUGGUUACACCUUCUACCGCACCAAGGCCCGCUCAUCUCGUUUCUAA